CAAUAAUCAUAAUGAAUGUCUACACAUGAUAUAAAAAGUCCUUUUUUUUUUUGGUGCAACGCUCCCCUUAAUCAAAAUCAAAAUUUAGCGCCUAUGUCUCUUCUCAGUUGUUCUCUCUUUUUGUUCAAUUAUUUGUUCCUAUUAUUUAACUAUAUGUAUUUUUAGGAUAUUACAAUUAUUUUAUUAAUUGUAUAAUAUCGAAUACAUUUUCACUCUCUCUAAGGCUUUUAACGAGUGAAUAUUCUUCACUUGGCCUUGUAUUCUAUCGUUUAUAAAAUUUUUAAUGAACUUCAUUGCUUUUCCAUCUUAAUCCAUUCUUUCUUCUAAAUAUCUUCUAAGUUGUGUGCUCGGUUAUCUUCGGGAACGAUCGGACAGCUAGGAGCCGAAAACAGCAGCCCCCACCAGCCAGUGAGACCCUAGGAUUCGCGGGUGUCUGUGUUGAGACCUCCUUCAGUAAUAUCAGGUUCCUGUCCUUUUAAACCAAAAGCAAAAUGGCGGACGAUGAGGCGAAGAAAGCUAAACAGGCCGAGAUCGAGCGGAAGAGAGCAGAGGUCCGAAAGAGGAUGGAGGAGGCCUCAAGAGGCAAGAAGGCCAAGAAAGGUUUCAUGACGCCAGACAGGAAGAAGAAACUCCGACUUCUGCUGAGGAAGAAAGCUGCUGAGGAACUGAAAAAAGAACAAGAAAGGAAAGCAGCUGAGAGAAGGAGGAUCAUUGAGGAGCGCUGUGGAAAGAUAUGUGAUGUUGACAAUGCCAAUGAAGAUGACCUAAAGGAUGUAAUUCAGCAGUAUUAUGACCGAAUGUAUCUAUGCGAGAGCCAGAAAUGGGACUUGGAAUACGAAGUGAGGAAGCGAGACUGGGAGAUUGCGGAUCUUAACAGCCAAGUCAAUGAUCUUCGUGGAAAAUUCGUAAAGCCCACCUUAAAAAAGGUUUCCAAAUACGAAAAUAAAUUUGCCAAACUUCAGAAGAAGGCCGCUGAAUUCAACUUCAGAAAUCAACUCAAAGUUGUAAAGAAGAAGGAGUUUACCCUUGAAGAAGAAGACAAAGAGAAAAAAGGAGGCAUUGUCGACUGGUCCAAGAAGGAUGAAAAAGCAAAGGUGGAACCAGAAGAAGAGGAAGAAGAAUCGGUAUCAGAAGCUUUGCCCAGCGCCGCCGAAGAGACGAUAGCUUCUGAAGCCAGUGAGCUGCCGCAGGAUGAACCACCUCCCCCGCAGGAGCCAGAACCAGAACCUGAGCCUCUUCCUCCACCACCGCCCAAGACAGAGGAAGACUUGUGGCUGUUCUUGCGUGAGGCAGUGACCCAAGCUAAUCCUUUGUCUAUUGAUGAAUUGCUUCACAAAUUGCUUGAUACAGUUAACGCAGUGCCCCAAGAUUUCUUAGAGCCAGUGGUGGAAGCUUCAAUUAAAAGAUCUCAAAGUAUGCAGAGUAUGGAUCUUUCCCACGCAGGAGUGGCUGGCGCUCCUGUUGAGGGAGAGGCAAAAGGAGAACAGGCAGGAGAAGGGGCUGCGGCGGAGAAAGCACCACAAGGAGAAAGCCCGGCUGCUGAAAGCACUCCCGGCCCGGAACAACCAGCACAACCAGCACAACCAGCCCAACCAGCCCCAGGAGACCAGCCACCCGCAGGAGACCAGCCUCCACCAGCGGAACAGCAAGUCGAACAGCAGCCCCUGGCACCAGAGCAGCCAGCUGCGCCGCCGGCGGAACAGCCUCCACCCCCACCACAAGCUGAACAACCAAUCCCACAAACCGUAGAAGGAUCCAAAAUGGCCCUAAUGAACCAUUGUUACCCAUUCCGCAGGCAAAAGCGAGUGUCAUCUAACCUUUACAAUGCCUUCACUAAUCUCGCUCACGAAACUUCCAAGCUGCAGCCUAAAUAUAAAGUGAAGAAAUGAAUACAUGAUUUGGAAUUUUAUCAUUACUCUUGAUCUUCGAAGUCAACCAAACUCUUGUAAAUUAUUUUUAUUAUAAUAAAUGUUUCAUAAUCUUUAUCAUU